AUGGCGGCAGUUUUGCCCCGGGACCUGUCGAGCUCUUGCCGUUCUGCCGCGGCGCUUUUGGCUCAGCACUCUCAGGCCCUCACGCAAGUCUUGGCCAACCUGCAGGUGCUCUUGGAAGCCGCUGCUGCUGCGGCGGACACGGCGACGGAGCCGGGCGAGGCACAAGCGCCGGCUGGCCAGCCGCAAGGCGAGAGCUGCCGAGAUCUCGCCAAGUGCCCGCCUGCCGGGCCACGGUCGCUGCAGCCACCGCCCCCUCCAAAGCCGGCGCAGCCGGUGCAGCCGGUGCAGCCGGUGCAGCCGGCGAACGGGGGCAAAGGCCAUGGCAAAGGAGGCUGGUCGCCCUGGCCUUCCUUCGCCGAAAGCGAGCCUCGCUUCGAUGGCUGGACCCAAGGCCAGUGGGCGGACUGGGUGCAGACCCCCUGCGGCGCGCAGUGGCGCCUCGGCGUGGGCUGGUGA